AUGAUUAUUUUAUUAUUAAUCUUAAUACCUACACUAUUAUCAGAUAAUAUUUAACUAGCAAGAGUAUAGUAUUGUGGUUGUGGAGUUGCUCUUAUUUAAUCCUUAUGCAUCUAAUUAGAUGAUUGUAGAUGGCAAAAUUUCAAAUGUGUUAACAUCACAGGUGUCCCAUAAACUAUUGUUGUCACACCCAAUAAUACAAAUAAUAAUGAUAAUUCUACUGAUGGUAAUUCCACAACUGGCAAUAAAACAAACUCUACAUAAGAUGAAUAUGAUUUUACUGAUCCUGAUUUUGAUUAUGAUUCUGUAGUUGUAACACAUAAACAAUAUGAUAUACCUGAUAUCAUUGAAGAGGAAGUUAAUACAGAUGAAGGAGGAAAUACUGAUGAAGGAGGAAAUACAGAUGAAGGUAUAUUAUCAAUCUUUAUAAUUUAUAAUAGGAACUGAUCCAGGAACAGGAACAGAUACUGGAACAGGCACAGGUACUGAUACAGGCACAGGAACAGAUACUGGAACAGGUACAGAUACUGGUACAGGCACAGGAACAGAUACUGGUACAGGCACAGGAACAGGAACAGAUUCUGGUACAGGCACUGACACAGGAACUGACACAGGCACUGACACAGGAACAGAUACUGGAACUGAUACAGGAACUGAUACAGGAACAGAUACAGGAACAGAUACAGGAACUGAUACAGGGACUGAUACAGGAACAGACACAGAUACUGAUACAGGUACUGAUACAGGCACUGACACAGGAACUGAUACAGGAACAGAUACUGGAAAUAAUAACACGAAUACAAAUACAACAUAAACAUUUACUUAAUCUACAUCCAUCACAUAUACCAAGACAUAUAUUAAUAAAACAUUUAAUGAUAAAGUAACGUGUAGUUAAUAAAGUGAUGAAGCUGGAUGUAAUAGUAAAAGAUGGCCUGAUUAAAUAUUUUGUAUAUGGAAAAACAGUACAUGUAUUUCAGGAUCUUGCAAUGAUUUAGAUUUAAUAGAAUGUGAAAAAACAUUCUUUUGUGUUAAUUUUGGUUAUUGUUAAUCUUGCGUAAGAAUAUAAUAAUAUUUUAGAAAGCAAUAGAGGAAUAUGCAUAAACACUUUUGGUCUAGAUAUUAAUAUUAGCAUUUCUAAUAUCCUGA